CCCACCCCCUUUCCUCCCCACAAGGACUCGUCCCUCACCCGGGCACUAUAAAAAGUCUGCUCUUGCUGAAGUUGUUCAGUCUCGUCACCAACUCCACCAGACCACCAUCAUGAAAUUUGUGGCUCUCGCUCUUGCCCUUCUGCUGGCUGUCGGCUGUCAGGCCGCUUCCCUGCAGGCCGAUGCUCCUUCCCAGCUGGCCCACAUCCGGGCUGCUGCGGAUGUCUACCUGACCCAGUUGAAGGACAGUGCCAACAACGCCCUGAGCCAGCUCGAUGACACUGAGUACAAGGAACUCAAGGCCCGUCUGUCUCAGCGCCUGGAGGACAUGCACAAUCAGAUCAAGGCUUUGCAGGGUGCUGUUUCCCCCAUCACCGAUAACGUUGUCAGUACCAUCUCUGAUGCCACUGCUGACUUCCGUGCCUCUGUCAUUGCUGACAUUGACAACCUGAAAGCUGAGAUCGAGCCCAAACGCGAACAGCUGAGGCAGGUCAUCGAAAAACACAUCGAGGAAUACCGCGCCCACAUGGAGCCCAUCAUCAAAGAGUACCAGGCCAGGCACACAGCUGAGAUGGAAGCCCUGAGGGUCAAGCUGGAGCCUGUUGUGGAGGAGCUGCGUACCAAGGUGGCCACCAAUGUGGAGGAGACCAAGACCGCCCUGAUGCCCAUUGUGGAGGCUGUGCGUGCCAAGCUCGCUGAGCGUCUUGAGAAUCUCAAGGAGAUGGCCACUCCCUACGUCGAAGAGUACAAGGACCAGCUGAGGCAGGCCUACAGCCAGGCACAGACCAUCAACACUGAUGAGCUCACUUCCCUGAGGGAGAAGAUUGCACCUUUAGCCGAUGAUAUCAAGGCUAAGCUCCAUGCCAUCUUUGAGAUCAUCGCUUCUACCGUCACCAAGAGCUAAAUCAUCACUAACAAAUUGUUAGUGUAACUAACCUCACCUACCUGUCUGUCCUAGAUCCAUUCCACCUUUCUCUUCAUUCCUUCUUUCCUCACAUGUACACACAGAUCACCUCCCAAAAUGAAGCCAAUGCCUAAGUGAUGCACUUCCUUGCAACAAAAUGGCGGGACUCUUGCUCUCUCUCUCUCUCUCCCUCUCUCUCCCAAGCAAACGCCUUACUUCAUGCGCACAUGCUCAAGCACAUGCAAGCAAAGACAUACACAGACACAUACACAUCCAGCACACACAUGCUUUACUCUUCACGUGCCACGACCACCUGCUUACCUUUUGUGUAGGAAUUGUAUGUGAUUUAUAACAAGUGCCUUAACCUCUGUGUAAUGAUGCUUGUAUGAUGAAAACUGUGCUUUGACGAAAUGCAGCUCAAUAAACAUCUGACUCUUUA